AUGGGACGGAACCACGAGCAGUUUCCAAUCCUACGUGGAAGCUGCCGUUUUAUUCGAGCAGGGCACGCCAUACCACAAACGGUACCUUUGUGGCCCAAGCUGCAAGCAGAACUGUCGGGGACAGCCAGACGCCACGUGGUUGGCCAGAGACCCGACUGGCUCUCACAUGGCCAAGGCGUGAACACGCUUCUUCAACACUUGAGGAAGUGUUUGGGGAAGCCUCAGCUUCCGGAGCUGACGGAGCUCCUCGCGCAGUACUUCAAGGGCUCCCGCCGGUACCAUGGCGAGGGCAUGGGCAGCUACAUCUCCCGCAAGUGCGAGCUCUACAUCCGUGCACAACAAGCUAUGAGCCGAGUACAACCCCACCACGACACUACCGGGCCUCAGAGGGGGAAGGGUCGUGGAAGCUACGCGACAAGUGACUAUGGUGGUUACUACAGCCGGAGAAGUAGUGUGGACUCACAGGUGAGCGAGAGUGGCACGGAUGCGGGCACGCAGGAGACACAACCAGCAGCACCCACAGCUACCCCAGCCACCGAAACGCCGGCGACCGUGAACGAGGAGACGGCGUGGAGCACAAACUCGUGGAGUUGGUCAGGCAAUCCAUGGGCCUGGCAGAGCUGGGGAUGGAACGCAGCUUGGGCAGGGAGUAUGUAUGACUCCUGGUCCUGGAACCAGGGCUCCGAGACGGGCAAUGACGGAGGGGAACUCCCAGAACUGGUUCCGGAGUUCGUACAAGCAUGGUUCCUUUUACAGGAUGCUGGGCUGGAACAAAGCGAGAAGAAUCUCGUCCUCACGGCGAUCAAGGGCGAGAUGAAUCUACAGAAGAUGGCACAGGAACUGAGGACACAGUUCCCCGAGCACGAGCUCAAGAAGCGGGACGGCCAGCGCCGUCAUCAUCAGGGGCUCGUGGGAAUGACGGCAGACGAGGACCAGUACGACGAGGAUGGCGACGAGGCCAGUCACGACCUUGCCUUCGAGGCCGAGGAAGAGCUCAAUGAUGAGGGCUACGCCUUGUGGAGCAGCGCGGCCGAGGAGGCGGACCAAGCUUAUGCGGCCAUGCAAGGAGCGCGACGCACCUUGAAGGAUGCCAGGGAGAGGCAGAAGCAAGUGCGGCUGAACCGCCGCUACUAUCGCGGCCCAGGUGGAGGCAAGGGCAGCGGCAGCAGCGGCCCUCGAGACGACUCCAAGAUUAGCUGCUUCAAUUGCGGACAGCUGGGGCACCGGACAGCCAACUGCCCCAAAAAGAAGGCACCUGGGGGGCCACCCGAGAACAUGGCGCCCUUCGUGUGCUAUGCAGGCUACCAGGAGACCGCGACUGAGGAGCAGGCCUUGAGCACCAGCCGCCCCUCUACCCAGGAAGCCAUCCUUCAGGGCAAGUGUGUCGUGGACAGCGGGGCUACGAAGAGUCUGGGUUCUAUCAAGGCGCUGGAGUGUGUGAUGCAAGGAGCCAAGGGGGUCGUAAAUCACAUCGACCUGCAGGACCGGCCCCGUUUCGGGUUCGGCAACAGCUCCGAGGACACGUGCAUCUCCACGGUGCACUUGAAUGUCAGCGCAGGUGGAAAACCGGGGACACUCAAGGUGCACGCGCUGGAUGCGGGCGAGGGGCCUAUCUUGUUUUCCAUCGAUGCCCUUCGAGCCUUGGGAGCGGUAGUGGACUACAGUGCUGACUUGAUGGUUCUCAGAAACCUUGACCAGCGUCAGAUCAUCCGCCUGGAGCGAUCAAGUGCAGGGCACCAGCUGUUCCCCCUCACCGAGGACUUCUACAAGUAUGCCGAGACCGCCAUCAUGGAUGUGCCCAGUUUGGAAAGCUAUGUACAGAAGCGUAGGAAUGAUAGCGUCAAGCUUCCGGUAGUCUUCCGCCUCAGCACCACGUGUCGGCCGCCCAGAACCAUGACGGAUCUCUCUCGCGAGGAGCUUCGACUGGCUCUGGCACAGUUGGGGGAGCAACCUCCCAGCAGCUGGACCAAGGUCGAGUUGCGACUGAGGUUGGAGCAAGUGUCCGGGGAGGACAUGAGUCAGAAGAUCAAGAAGAAGCCAGCCGACCGGUCGCCCUACGAGAUCCUGGUGGCCCAACUCAACGCGUCGAGCAAGAACAAACGGAGUUUGAUCAAGUUCUGCGAGACCGAGCUCCGGAUGGCCAAUCUGGAUCAAUGGAGCAUUCCGCGGAUUCAACACGAGGCCAUGAAGGAGAUCUACCAACAUGCCGAGGCGCACCCCUCGGACCUGGUGGGCUUCGGAGCGCAUGCGGCUCUGACAUACCGCCAGAUUCAUCGCGAUCAAGAGGGAUACUGUCGUUGGGUUCAGAAGGAGCACAAGGCUCGGCCCCGCGAAUGCGAUCCCCGACUGGCACGCCUGGCCAAUUGGCUGGCCAAGGAGGACGACAUCGAGAUGAAGGCGCCAGCCUCCAAGAUCGACUUGCUCAAGCUCACCGGGACGAAGACGAAGGGCUACAACGAGGUAGCGGGCUCGUCCGGAGACUCCGAGAGUCUUCUGAAGAGCAUGUACGAGACGAUCGAGGGCCUCAAGGAGGAGAUUGCGUCUCUCAAGGGCGAGCCACAGCGGAAGACCGCCGUGGGACGUGGCUCCAACGAGGAUCCCAAGUCGCCGAGGAACAGCUCGACCAAGUCGCCGGGGCCGAAGAAGGACCCGAUCUCCUGA